AUGAUUGAUGGCGAUGACGAUGCUUCCGCAGGUAACAUGGGCACAUGCGCAGACUGCGUUGAUCCUGAUGCGCUCGAAUGUGCAGAGUUCCCAAACUUCAAGACUUUGACACAAGACCACUUUUCUUUGAUUAUUGGAAAGGCAGCCAUGAGACCUUGUCCUUUCGAUCCUGCACCUACACCUGUGGUUCUACAGGUUCUUGAUGUGCUGUUACCGGUAAUCACUUGUAUGAUCAACGUAUCGUUUGAAUCUGGUCUGUUCGCAGAGGAAUGGAGGCAGGCCCUAGUAUUACCCACGUUGAAGAAGUGUGGUCUAGACAUCGCGUACAAAAACUUUCGCCCAGUGAGCAACCUCCCGUAUGUCUCCAAGUGAUCAACGGUCUCACCUUGAGCUCCAGUCGGCCUGCAAGAAACACCAUAGUACUGAGUCAGCGCUGUUAAAAGUUAAGAACGAUAUUUUAUUGAAUACAGAUGCGCAGAAGGUGACCUCACUGGUGCUUUUAGAUCUCAGCGCAGCUUUUGAUACUGUAUGCCGCGACAUCUUGUUGGAUCGGUUGAGUUUAAAACUUGGUGUGACUGACCAGGCACUCAACUGGUUUACAUCGUACCUCUUCGACCGUGCACAGCGUUUUGCAGUUAAUGGAGGGCUGUCUGAUACCUUUCGUUCGCGCAAGGGUUGCCGCAAGAGUCUUGUCUUGGCCCGCUUCUGUUAACAGUAUAUACCAGCGAACUAUUCGAGAUAGUGGGUCGACAGUUGCCAAGCGUGCACUCUUACGCCAAAGAUACAAAAUUGUAAUUGGCGUUCAAGUCCAAACGUUCAAGGUGAUGACGCUAGUGCGGUAAAGGCUAUGCGUGAUUGCAUCAUGGAUUUAAGGAAGUGGAUGAUUAGAGACCGACAUCAUGUUAAAUGAUGAUAACACUGAGUUUUUGCUCCUUGGUACCAGGCAACAGUAGCAAAGGUUGACAUUAGAAGUAAUACUGUUGGUGAGUCCGUUGUGAACACAAAUCCAGUUGUCAGGAUCUGGGUUCCUGGUUUGAUUCUCAACUUA